AUGCCUGAUGAGGAAGAAACUCCCUUAAUUCCUGUUGCAACAAAUCCUGUUAAGGAAUCUCUCCCUCCUUUGAGGGUUAGACUGUUCCAGGUUGGGUGCGCAUUGACGUGGUGCUUGUUUGCCGCAGGCCCUAUUUUCGGAUUUGCUGCAUUAAAACCUAUCUUGAUCGACCAAGGCAUUUACCGCGAGUACUGUAAAGAAAACGUCGAUACCGGAAAUAACAACAUGUGUGCAGAGCGUGACCUGAAACUCAACUUUAUGUUUACUAUCGCGGCAGUUGUCACCAACGCUACAGCUUUCGUAGUUGGACGAGUGCUUGACACUUUCGGACCAAGAGUGACAGGAAUUAUUGGUGCAAUUGUGAUAUUCUUUGCAGCAAUAAGUCUUUCGCAAGGACAAUCGAUUAGUAUCUUUGAUCCUUAUCUUGCAGGCUACAUAGGGCUUGCUUUUGGUGGUCCGUUCGUCUUCAUCAGCUCGUUCCAGUUAGCCAACUCGUUCCCUGGAAGAUCGGGUACCGUGCUAGCUUUCCUCACUGGAGCAUUCGAUUCCAGUUCAGCAGUGUUUCUCAUGUACAGACUUGUGUACCAGAACAAUUGGAUUCGGGACUUGAGUCUCAAGAAGUUUUUCACUGCUUAUCUGAUCGUGCCGAUUUUCAUACUGGUGUGUCAGCUCACAGUGAUGCCUAAAAAGUCCUAUAAAACAGUGGAAACUUUGGCUAAGAUAGGCGAAACAGGAAUCGACGAAACCGGUCUCCCGAUGGAUCCUGAAGAUCUCAGAUAUUCUCAGGCCCAGGUUGAUGCUCAGAGAUCGCGUAGGCCAUCUAUUAAAUCCGUGAGAUCUAAUAGAUCGGCCAAGUCAGUUUAUGAAGAGGUUGCUGAGAACCGUCUGUAUGAAAAAUCAGGAGGUGUUUCUGGAGUGCUGCAUAAUAAACCCUUGAAGGAACAAAUGACUUCACCAUGGUUUAUCCUUAUGGUUUGUUUUGCCACCAUUCAAAUGCUCAGGGUCAACUAUUUUGUGGCAACUAUAAGGUCUCAAAUGGAGUACUAUUUCCAGGACGAGGCAAUUGCGGUUCAAAUUAACAAGUUCUUCGAUGUUGCUCUUCCUGUUGGAGGCGUGUUUGCCAUUCCUUUCAUUGGAAUUUUACUGGACAACUUUAAAAUUGUGACAGUGCUUUCGGUCUUGCUUCAAAUCUCACUUUUGAUAGGAAUUUUUGGAAUGAUUCCUUUGCAGAUGGUGCAAUACCUGGGCAUCGUGAUGCUCGUGUUUUAUCGCCCAUUUUACUACACAGCCGUCUCUGAUUACUGCGCCAAAGUGUUCGGCUAUCAAACUUUUGGAACCGUUUAUGGGUCCAUCAAUUGUAUCUCUGGAUUAUUCAAUGUGCUUCAGGCCCCUCUUGACAAUGCUACGCAUACCAUAUUCAAAAUGAAUCCCAAUCCCGCGAACACGCUACUUGUUGGACUGACAUUCAUAGCCGGUCUUGCGCUUAUCAGUUACAUCAAAGGGCAAGAAAUCGAACUGAAAAAGAGAAACAUAAUACAUGAAGCUAUGCACAGUGAAGUUGUGGAAAUAGGAGAUUAA